CGCUGUUCCUCUCGUACCUCCCAAAAGCAAGAAACCCAAGGGAAAAGGAAAACCCGCACCAGCCUUCGGGGAAGAUGAGGAGCUCGAAGGAUUAAAUGCACAGUCCUCGGCAGACGGUGCAGCGGUGGGCAGAAUGGUUGAUGCUGCGCCCGUUAGUUGGGCCAGAGGUACCAUCAAUUGGAACAACAGCAUGAUAAUCGUGCAUUGCACGGACUGCUUCACAUGUGCCCUUGAACAACCUGACCAUUUCUUUCUCCCCGAAACGAGUAUUGUUGACAGUAUUUGCGUUAAUAGCAUCUUGCAAGUUGCCGCGCUAAAACCCAAAUAUCGUCAACUCUUUAGACUCAGUGCCUGGGAUGGCCGAGCACACCUUAUACAGGGGUAG